GCCCGUUAACAAGACGCAUCGCAUCAAAGCGUUGCAUAUCAUGUCAUGUUGCGAUACCCUCCUGCUACAAGAAGCUGACAACAUCGAAACGGCAACAGACUACACUUGGGAACGAGACAGCAGGGAAUCUCGCCUCCGCAAGUGUAGCCGCAGGCCGUGACGAUGCAAUCAGUCUUGAGCGAGGAAAACGUUCAUGACAACAACACACCCUUCUCAGCAACCAAGCACUGUACAGCCCCCCCCCCCUCAUCCCAUCACUGACUAAAUAACACAAAGCCCACAUCCGUCUGUCUGUCUGGCUGCCUGUGUUCCUUCCGUCCCUGAUUCCACCGGUUGUCUGCGUGGAGUGCCGCCAGCCAACUUCUCCUGACAAGAGCGUGGACGUCUUGUCCGGCAAGUCGAGCCACACACCUCCCCAUGAAGCCAACCGGCAGACAUACAGUGGACAGCACGACACUCUCACACACACAUGGACAAACCAUCCAUCACGUCCAUCAAUCCAUCCAUCAUGUUCUCUGGCCAUCGAUACGUCACUUGUAUUUGGGCAUGAUGGGGGGGUUGGGGUCCGUCCCGCCGAUGGCGUCGUGACGAUGGUCACGGAUCAUCGGCUCAUCACGCCUGCAGUGUAAAGCAACCAUCCACAUGAAAUAUUGCACCUCUGUGUGAGCGGCGACACCCACCCAGCCGCCCACCGUGUUUUUGUCCAGAGGUCCCAUCCGGUUUUGUUGGGUGUGACGGGGCAGAAAGGGUUGGAGCUCUUCAGGUACGGCACCACCUGGGGCACCGCCGUACGAAAGUGAAACCGCCGAGUCGGCGCUAAACACACACACACACACGCACGCACGCACGCACAAAAGACAACCACAGCCACAUGACCCCACCACCACACGUGCGGCACCAUGUCGAGCAUUCUCCAUAUUCCCGCCAUACGCACAUCCGUAUUUGUAUUUGGCGCUCUUGGUGCCGGCAGCGAUGCCGUCGAGGAGGUACUGCAGCUGGUCGCUGCCGCCCUGGUACUUGCGCAGCGCACGGUGAGCGGUGGGCCCCAUCCAGAACCGGUAGUGCCAGUCCGUCACGCGCCACCGAAACUCGUCAACAUACGGACGCCUGCACACACACACACACACACACACACAUACAGACACACGUGUCGCACACACAUCAGAUCUGGCUGCCUGCCCUUUGGUGUGCUUACAUGCCCGUCUGGUCCAAAUGGCAUCGUGAUUUGGUGUAGAGGCCUUCACGCCUGUACCGGAACGCCAUAGUGACCACUGACGCCAGCCUCUUGC